CGUGGCUUUGGAUUUGUAACUUUUAUGAAUCCUGAUCAUGUUGAUGCAGUUCAGCGGGCACGACCACACAAGGUUGAUGGGAGGCUUGUGGAGACCAAGCGUGCACUUCCCCGCAAUGACACUAACACUGCCAUACUACCCACAGGAAACCAUCCCGAUGCAACUCAUACAAGAAUUUUUAUUGGUGGUUUACCUCAGGAUGUAAAAGAAGAUGACCUAGAAUCCUAUUUUAAACACUUUGGACGGGUCACUUGUGUCAACAUUAUGUACGAUAAGACCAGUGGAAGACAUCGAGGCUUUGCGUUUGUGGAUUUCAAUGACUAUGAUCCAGUAGAUAAAGUCUUGUUGACUCGUAAUCACUCUAUCAAAGGAAGGCCAAUUGAUGUUAAGAAAGCCAUAAGUAAGUCUGACAUUAGUAAGAUAAAAAGUUUCAUGACUGGUGUUGUAGGUGGGCCAGAGGCCAGUUUUCUUGCAAGUCUAGGAGGAUCUGGCUCUAAUGCUGGCUCACCUCCUGCAAAUACUCCUCUUCCUCCUCCAAUAGGCACCCUGCCUAUUGCUGGACCCUCUGGCACUACUGUGGUGAAUGGUGCCACUGGGGGACGUGGAUCUAGUCAUGGUAGUGGGUCUUCUACCAAUAAUACCCCAACUAGUAAUGCAGGUCAUGCGGCUGUAACUACAGGCAUAGUGCCAACCGUCCCUCCUUUAGCGCAUCCAUUUUUCACUCGCCUUCCAUUGGCUGGUCUUCCAGGUUUUUCUGCUCAGCUGAGAUCAGGAUGGCAGUACAGUAUAUCAGGAAAUGCUGAGGUUCUCAGAAACACAGCAGGGGCAGCUAGUAAUCGACCUUCUGGAGCACCAGCUAUAGUGCCUGCAGCUCCAUUACCAGCCCCUGCUGCAACAGUUCUACCUGCUGCUGACAGUGAUGCAGAAACAGAAGGAUCCAUAGAAGAUCAGGUGAUGGAUACUGAGGAUGGAAGUGAGUCUUGGGGUGGAGCUGGUGUAGAGGACACUUUUCCCCCUGGUGCUAAGCUACUUAUUAUUGAACCAUUUUAUGGGGGCUCUCACAAACAGCUCAUUACUUGUCUCAGGAAUGAUGACUCCGUUAUUGGAAGUGAAGAUGCUGCAUUAUUCACGUUACCGAGCAGAAAAUGGCACUGGCGAGCGAGAACUGCAGCCCUCUAUUUUUUCCAAAAAAUACCUGUAACUCAUGAUUUUCAGACCUUAUUUGCCUCAUCAACUUUGAAUUUAUGUGAGCUGAUAGGAUUAAGACCUGAUUUGGCUAGAUUACGGAAAAUUUUGUAUUUUCAUGAGAACCAAUUGGUCUAUCCAGUACGGAAGCAGAAAGAUAGAGACUUCCAGUAUGGAUAUAAUCAAAUCUUGUCCUGUUUGGUUGCAGAUGUUAUUGUGUUCAACUCUCAGUAUAACUUUGAAUCCUUUCUGCGUGAAAUACCUCGUCACUUGAAGUUGCAACCUGACCACCGUCCUGAUGCUCAUGCCAUAACGCAGCAGAUCAGAGAAAAGAGUCGGGUCAUCUUUUUUCCCGUUUGUAUUGCACAUAAAACAAGAUCUCCAAAGGAUGCUUUAGAACCACUCCACAUCAUAUGGCCUCAUAGAUGGGAACAUGACAAAGACCCCGACACCAUGUUUCAAGUUCUUUACCAGCUUGUAGAGGCUGGCUUGAAUUUCCGUUUGUCUGUUCUUGGUCAGUCAUAUUCUGAAAAUCCACCUGUAUUUGCUGAGGCACGCCAAAGAUUAGCCAACUACAUAACGCAUUGGGGUUAUGCUGAAAACAAAGAAAAAUAUUGGGAAGUGUUGCACACAGGAGAUGUGGUUGUGUCAACAGCUCAUCAUGAAUUCUUUGGAGUUGCCAUGUUAGAAGCAGUUGGAGCAGGGUGUUUCCCUCUAUGCCCUAACCGUCUAGUGUAUCCUGAGAUUUUUCCACAGGAAUGUCUCUAUAAUACAACUCAACAGUUGCAAAAGAGUCUUGCUCAGUGGUGUUCUCGUCCUCAGAUUGUUCGUUCUAAAAAAGUGAAUUUAGAUCUCAAUACCUUCUCCUGGGCUACAUUAAAGCAGCGAUAUAUCGACCUUUUAGCAAUUAGUGAAGAUGAUGACGGUCAGCAGUAAUUAUUCAAGGAAUCUUUUGAGGUUUGCUGUUUUGAUGAACAUUGGUGUUGUGAUCGAUUGAUGUGGUUAGUUUUCAAGAAGAUUGAUGUAUUCAAGGUAUAAUGUUUGGUUUUACUACCUCUACAGUUUCAGCCUUUUUGAAGGAAAAAGCAAAAACAUACAUCAUGUUGUGAUUUAUUCUAUUGUCCAUAUCUCAAUAGUAACUACUGUGAAUAGAGUUUGGUGAUUUUUCAUACGUGUGUUGGCAGUAUAUUCUGAGACUCACCUUUGUAUUCAAUUGAAGGUGAUAAUGAUAAACUUUUUAUGUAUUUGAAAUAUAAUAUUUGAAGUUCUUGCAAUGUAAGACCUACAGGUUUUAUCAUUUUCCACAGAGAAAUGGUAGUGAUACUUAGGUAAGACUUUAUAUGAUUCUUUUAUACCAAAAUAUAAGCAUUUUAUUUCUUACAGUUCAGGAAAUCUAAUGAUAAAAGGGAAUUGCUGAUUAUUAUUUUUUUUAAUUAGGUUCACCCAGUAUUGUUGCAAGUUUUACAGUGCUAAGCAAAUUGUGACUGCAACAGUGUUUGUUUGAAAUUGUUAUUCAAGGGCAUUAAGCCAGCUAAAUGAGGACUUUAAGAGGAGUGCCGACCGCAGUUUGGUAUGGUAUGGUAUGAAUUAAGAUUUUUAGCUCAACAUUGAAGGGAGUUGCUUCAGUCUUACUUGAUAUUAUUCAAGCUGAUGCUUAGUAUAAAUAAGUAGGAAACCCAAAAAUUCAGCCUCUAAGUUCAUAGUUUAAGCAAAAAAAUUUUGUUUACAUUUUUAAAGUUAUGAAUUAAAGAUACUCCCCAAAUAUUUUUACUUAAUUUUUAGCUUCAUCAGAUAGAUAAUCGAUGUGCUUCAUUAAAUUUCAAGAAAACACAAGAGGCUGGCAAUUAAUUAAGUGAAGAAUAAUAACUUAAGUAACAAAAACACAUAAUCCAUAAAUGAUGUAUGAAGACAUUAACAAUGAACCAGGUAAUAAUUUAAAGUUAGUUUUCUAAUGUGUAUAACCAUUACACAUACUGCUAUAUACAUUACAUUUAUCUUGUAUGUAUGUAUAUGCAUUUUUUGUGUGUACGGAAUUAGUCAUUCACAUUAUAAUAGCUAAGCCUCAGUAAUAUCAAGGUUUUCAUAUUCUAUCAUGUAUCCAUCAACAGUUAGCUCAAAAAUAACUCAUAGUUAGAUUUUGCGACUCUCUUUCAUAUAAGGCAGUCCCUGGGUUAUGAUGGGGUUUCCGUCUUGAGACGCGUUGUACGCUGAAAAUCGUUGUAACCGGAACAUUGUCAAAAAUCCUAAGAAGACCUUACUUUUAAUGCUUUGGGUGCAUCAAAAACUAUGUAAACUGCAUUCUUAUUGCAUUUUUCAUACAAAAAAACUUGAAGUAUUGAUUAUUUUGCAUUUUUGGAGUCAUAUUUCUUCUGCCAGAUCAGCGUUGUGAUUGAAAAGCAUUGUAACCUCGGAGCAUCGUAAGCCGGGGACUGCCUGUACUUUGAUGCAUGGUAGCAACCACUUAGUUCAUGGGACCAUGAAAUAAAUUCUCAGAAUUGUUUAUAAAGUUAUGAAAGAAUUAUUUUUAUUUCAUAAUAAUCUAGUACGUACAUGUUUAUUCAUACAUUAAACUGUUCAAAACUAUGAAUAUGAUUUUUAAACAUUAAACCUGUCCAAAAGCAUAGAUAUAUUUAGUUAAACAUUAAACUGUCCAAACUGUUAACUAAAAAUUUAUUUUUUUAGUCUUUAUGCUGUCGGUGCUCCCCUUAAAUAGGAUUCUUUACAUAUACAAUAACUCAGAAGUAAAUUUUAGUCAUGUGUUAUGCUUUCAAGCACAGUUGUAUUAAUAUCAGUGGGGUAAGUGAUUGUACUGAUAACACCUCUUAUGUGUGUCAUUCUUACUGUAUGGAGUCAGAGAUUUAGUUCUUGAGUGUUGGUUAAAAAAGAUAGUGUUCAUACACUGUGUGAAGUUUUAAUGGCAAGACUUUUUCAAAACCAGUCUAUGUUAAAAAUAGAUUGACUUUUAAGAUUUUUACUUAAAAUAAUGACAAUUAUUCAGGGCCCCAUUGAAUAGUUUUUUUAUAUAUUAUGAUAGAGUGGCUGGUUCCUCUCAAUUUUCAUAUGAAUAAUUCAUAUACUGUACUUUACUAAAAUCUGAGUUUGAUGACUGUAUUUAAGAAUAAAAUGGCAAAUUUAUAGGAUUAUGAAAAAGCAAUAAGAAUUUUAAAUUCUUGUAAGGUCUUUUACUUUAGUUGUCUCAUUUUUCACAAUAUUGGUAUAAGUUAAGGUAAAAUGUUAUUUUUGUGAGUAUGUUUUAUAAAGAAAAUUCAGGAUGGAGUGCAAUGCAUGUAUAAGUUGUGCAUGCAAAGGAAGCAUUACAUCCUUGUAUUAUGUAAAAUAAGUGUACUAUUUAUAGAAGUAAAGUACCUCAGGUUUUAUAGUGAAAUAUACUGUGAUUAUGAGGUGAGCUGUAGAAAACUAAAUGAGCAUCAGUUCUAGAUCCAAUUCUUUGAAGGUAAUAUUUUUGAAAAAUAACCACUGUAAACAUCAGUGCUUAAGUUAAUAGGACUUAUAAUAUGGCACCACCAUGUAUGUUGGGCAAUGAAUAUUUUGUUUAUUGUUCAUUUCAACGGUUGGGUAGACGUGAUCAGUAGAAGAUGGAAAUUUUCAUUUGUAGGGUUUAAAUGCAGAUUGUCUCUAUUGUGAUUUUGCUCAUUAAAUCACAGGCAAUUCCAAAUAUUAUUUAUCAUGUUUUGCUACCCUUGAGCAAAUGAGUGUAGUAUUUUUAAUCUCAUGUUGUAAGGUGUGCAAGUGAUAUCAUGGCUAGGGACAAUAGUAUUAGCAUUACAAAGGUCUCCGUACAUUAAGAAAGUUGUACUUAAAGUAGCAUCGUUCCGUUCAGGUUGUGUAUUAAAUUUAAAUGGAAAUAUCAGAGACAGCAGAAUUCUUUGAAAUACAGAAAAAGGAAGGCUUUGAAUACUACUUCUUUACUGUUUCCUGACUGGCAUAUUUUUAAAAGUAAAGUUGUCGAUUGGAAUUACUCUGCUUUGCCUGGAAGAAUUAGAAACUGUUUGGUCUAUGUGAUGAUAUUUUUGUUUUCUGAAUUUUGCUAUUUAACUUUGUUUUAUUAGUUUAAAUUUGGCAAUAUUUAACCAAAGUAUUGGUUUUGAGGAAUGUGUAAUGUAUGGGUGUAUAUUAUAUAUAUACAGUGAGCCCACCCCCUCGUUUUCGCGCACUUGGGAUUCAUGGACUCGCGUAUUCACAGAUUUCUGUCUGGAACAUAUACCCCCAUUAUUCACAGAAAAUUUGCUUAUUCGCAGUAUUUUUAUAAUUAGAAAUAUCCACAAAUUCCUGUAUUUUUCAUCAAUUUUAUCAUGAAAUGUACUUUUUGUGAUAAAACUAUUGAGAAAAACCAGGUAUAAACAUUUUUAGUGGGUUUUUCUUGAGUUUUAACUAACAUAAUAGGCAGUUUUAAGCGUUUUUAUUGUAGGGGUUUCAACUAUUCACAGCGUCUAGCUAUUUGCGGGAGGUGGUCUGGUACGCAUCCUCUAUAGGGGGAACUAUGUAUUUGAAAGAAUCUGUAGAUGGCCUCCCAUGUGCCAUUUUUUAAAAUUUAUAGGGAAACCUCGCUUUAACGGACUAAUAGAGGCGGAAGGUUGACUGUUAAAGCUGAUUGUCUGUUAAAGUGAAGCAUUGUUUUUUUCAAGUCCUAAGUUAUGUUCAUCAGUAGACUACUGGCCUUAGCCUAGGUGCGAUAACCACUGACAUGAAAAGGUUCACAUUAUGAAAUAAACUUAUAAUAAAGGAAACAAAACCAUUUUUACUUCAUAUAUUAUUGUCAUGUCUUUAUAAUAAAUAGCCUAUUUGAGCAAUAAUUCUAUAUCAAUGAAAUCAUCACAUAUCACUGCUGACAAAAUGUAAACAUUGAGUUAAGGUUGCACUCAUAGUAACCUGUAUCUUUCAGUAACAUUUCAGAAAUUUUAUUGGCAAUGUAAUAACGGUUGUAAUAACAUACUAUUAAUUUUUUGUUAAGAAUUUAUUAACAUUUUGGUGGCAAGUAACUGUUUAGAAUAAUUCAGUCAUACAAACUAUAAUUAUCUUACAUUAUUGUAUUGUUAUUAGGGGUUGUUUGUCAUUAGUGAUGAAUCUUGAAUGUAAUAAAACCAUUUUUACCUUAUAUGUUAUUAUCAUAAUAUUUAUCUAUGCAAGCCCAGCUGACAAAAUGUAAACAUUAAGUUAUGGUUGCUCUCUUAGCAACCUUUGUCUUUUGGUAACCUUACAGAAAUUUUAAUGGUAAUUACGGUAGUAAUAACAUUUAGGAUUGCAUAACAUUCAUUUUUCAUUAAAAAUUCAUUAUCAUUUUGGUGGUAAAUAAUUGUUUAGAACAAUUCAGUCACUUGAAUGAUAAUUAUGUAACGAUAAUGAUUAUUGUACAUAAUUAUAUUUGUUAGGGGUUGCUUGUGAUUGGCGAUAAAAUGUAAACAAAAUAAUGUUUCCUUUUUAGGCAAUAUGUGUUGGAAAAACAUGAUAUAGAAUUGGCCUUUUUAUUAUAUUUUGAAUUUCUAAGGAUACAGUAAGUAAAACAGUAUUUGAAGUAACAUCAUCUUUUCAUAACCAAUAUAUCAUAAGAUACCUGUUAUUGCAAAAGCUAGCCUGUACAGUAAUACCUCAAUCUUACGCGAUUUGAGUUGAGGGAAUUCCCAAUAGGGCAAACCUUUCAUUGGAAUCCAACUAAUUAUCAUACAUGGUAACAUAAACGAAACAUUUUUGAAUCCUGGAGAAACCCUGCAAAAGUGUUUGUUUAAUUUUUUAAUGUAAUUUAUAAGUUUUCAAUCUUUUAUGUGUAAAUUGAAGAACAUUAAAUAAAAAACUUGAUGAGAUGAGAGAAUUUUUAUGGUACAUGUAGUAUGUACUAUGUUUAUUAAUAUUUUCAGAUAAUAAUAAUAAUAAUAAUAUAUAACUGAUGCAUAUAAAGAAUUCCUUCCCUCAUCUUUCUUUUUAACUCCACCAGAAGCUCAAAGUCCAGAACUGUCAAUAUGCCAAGUAAUGUGACAGGAGGAAGAAGGUUGCUGAUUGGCGAUCAAUGAUUUUCUCUCUCUCUCUCUCUCUCUCUCUCUCUCUCUCUCUCUCUCUCUCUCUCUCUCUCUCUCUCUCUCUCUCAUCAUGUGUAUGUAAUCUUCACACACACUUAUAUUUUUUCUAACCAUUUAUUUCUCUC